CUCGAAACCAUUUCACAGCUAGUGUGUGUCGGGCAGUCUUAUCAAGUGGAGCUCAGAAAUCACUGCUGGAAUUGGUGACCUCUGUCCAAGACCAAACACACAUCAUGUUUGGUAGCAAAGCUGUAGGUUAUAUUACAAUCAUCUUGCUAGGACUGUGCCUAGCAAUUUGCAAUGGACAGACAGCUAAGAGAAUCUCCGUACAAAAGUGUGAAGAAUAUCGUAGAAUAAUCUCAUCCAAGCGUGGCGUUAUAUCGCUCACACUGAACCCUAAACCAUUAUACUACCAAUCGUACAAUUGCUCGAAUGUGGUGGAACUGAUCGUUGGUGGUGAAGCGGCAAAGCAUGGUGAAUUUCCACACCACGCUUUGCUAGGUUUUCCGAAGGAGGAUGGUUCGGCCGAGCCGUACAGUUUCUUGUGUGGGGGAUCUCUGAUUUCGGAUCGCUUCAUCCUAACCGCUGCACACUGCUUUAGUCAUGAUGAUCCGGUGAUAGUUCGCUUGGGCGAGUACGAUCUAACCAUCGACUCCACGACGCAGCUUGACUUCGGUAUUGCCCAGAUCAUUCGACAUCCACAGUAUCGCAACACACGCUCUUAUCAUGAUAUUGCACUCGUACGGUUGAACGAGACGGUAUUGUUUUCCAAGGUAAUACGUCCGGCAUGUCUGUGGCAGACUCCCACACUUAAUAUGAGCCGUUUCGUGGCUACUGGUUUCGGCAAACUGGAGGAUGGCAACUUCGAAUUGUCGACUAAGAUGAUGAAGGUACAGCUGGAUGUGUUCCCCUCCAGUGACUGUGGUAAGCUAUUUCAAGGUGAUCGCAAAUUUCGUGAUGGAAUAGACGAAGGUCAGCUAUGUGUGGGAAGCCUUAUAGGAGGUAAGGACACCUGCCAGGGUGACUCCGGUGGACCACUGCAGACGAUAACGGAACCGAGAAGUUGCAUCUAUAACAUUGUCGGUUUAACAUCUACUGGGGGCGCCUGUGGUGUUGGCAACUCAAAGGCAAUCUAUACAAAUGUGGCACACUAUCUGGACUGGAUUGAACAAAUAGUUUGGGCUCCUUUUCGAUGCGAUCACUGCUUUUCGCCAGAAUGUAACGAGUAUCGUAAUGUUAUUGCGACGACACACAAAAUCAUACACCUUCUUAUCGACCCAACGCCCAUCGAGGUUAAAGUGUACAACUGCACAAACGAACUGAAGCUGAUCGUGGGAGGAGAGCAGGCCCGGAAGGGCGAGUUCCCGCACCAGGCGCUGCUGGGCUAUCCGAAGGAGAAUGAUCCAUACGAUUAUGAGUUUGUGUGCGGUGGUACACUGAUCAGCGAGCAGCACGUCCUAACGGCAGCUCACUGCUUUUCCGAACGCGACCUAACGGUAGUGCGGCUCGGCGAGUAUGACACAUCGUCUAGGUCGUUCGAUGAGCUCCAGCUCAAGGUCGAUCGUAUUCGGCGACAUCCGCGCUAUCCAAGAAACCAACCCUACGACGACAUUGCUAUCGUUCGCCUUGAACGACCAGUGCAGCUGAGCAAAGACAUACGACCAGCAUGCCUGUGGGAUUCGGUGGACCGUACUACGUCAAAGUUCAUUGCAUCCGGGUUUGGGCGGCGGGAUUUCUUCGAUACGGAACUUUCGCCGACACUGAUGAAGGUACAGCUGGAUGAAUUUCCGAAGGAAAAUUGCGCUCGCAACUUUCCGCGGCUUCGUCGUGGGUUACGACCGGGUCAGCUAUGUAUCGGCAGUGUUAAACCGAACAAGGACACUUGCCAAGGAGAUUCCGGAGGUCCGUUGCAGCUGGUGACCAAUGAGACAACCUGCACGUACCAUAUAGUUGGCAUCACGUUGCUUGGUGGCGCCUGUGCCUUUGCUAAGAGAAUCUCCGUACAAAAGUGUGAAGAAUAUCGUAGAAUAAUCUCAUCCAAGCGCGGCGUUAUACGGCUCACACCGAACCCUAAACCAUUAUACCACGAGUCGUACAAUUGCUCGAAUGUGGUGGAACUGAUCGUUGGUGGUGAAGCGGCAAAGCAUGGUGAAUUUCCACACCACGCUUUGCUAGGUUUUCCGAAGGAGGAUGGUUCGGCCGAGCCGUACAGUUUCUUGUGUGGGGGAUCUCUGAUUUCGGAUCGCUUCAUCCUAACCGCUGCACACUGCUUUAGUCAUGAUGAUCCGGUGAUAGUUCGCUUGGGCGAGUACGAUCUAACCGUCGACUCCACGACACAGCUUGACUUCGGUAUUGCCCAGAUCAUUCGACAUCCAACGUAUCGCAACACACGCUCCUAUCAUGAUAUUGCACUGGUACGGUUGAACGAGACGGUACUGUUUUCCAAGGUAAUACGUCCGGCAUGUCUGUGGCAGACUCCCACACUUAAUAUGAGCCGUUUAGUGGCUACUGGUUUCGGCAAACUGGAGGAUGGCAACUUCGAAUUGUCGACUAAGAUGAUGAAGGUACAGCUGGAUGUGUUCCCCUCCAGUGACUGUGGUAAGCUAUUUCAAGGUGAUCGCAAAUUUCGUGAUGGAAUAGACGAAGGUCAGCUAUGUGUGGGAAGCCUUAUAGGAGAAUGUAACGAGUAUCGUAAUGUUAUUGCGACGACACACAAAAUCAUACACCUUCUUAUCGACCCAACGCCCAUCGAGGUUAAAGUGUACAACUGCACAAACGAACUGAAGCUGAUCGUGGGAGGAGAGCAGGCCCGGAAGGGCGAAUUCCCGCACCAGGCGUUGCUGGGCUAUCCGAAGGAGAAUGAUCCAUACGAUUAUGAGUUUGUGUGCGGUGGUACACUGAUCAGCGAGCAGCACGUCCUAACGGCAGCUCAUUGCUUUUCCGAACGCGACCUAACGGUAGUGCGGCUCGGCGAGUAUGACACAUCGUCUAGGUCGUUCGAUGAGCUCCAGCUCAAGGUCGAUCGUAUUCGGCGACAUCCGCGCUAUCCAAGAAACCAACCCUACGACGACAUUGCUAUCGUUCGCCUUGAACGACCAGUGCAGCUGAGCAAAGACAUACGACCAGCAUGCCUGUGGGAUUCGGUGGACCGUACUACGUCAAAGUUCAUUGCAUCCGGGUUUGGGCGGCGGGAUUUCUUCGAUACGGAACUUUCGCCGACACUGAUGAAGGUACAGCUGGAUGAAUUUCCGAAGGAAAAUUGCGCUCGCAACUUUCCGCGGCUUCGUCGUGGGUUACGACCGGGUCAGCUAUGUAUCGGCAGUGUUAAACCGAACAAGGACACUUGCCAAGGAGAUUCCGGUGGUCCGUUGCAGCUGGUGACCAAUGAGACGACCUGCACGUACCAUAUAGUUGGCAUCACGUCGCUUGGUGGCGCCUGUGCCUAUGGUAAAUCGCUUGGCAUCUACACGGAAGUGGCACAUUACAUCGAUUGGAUAGAAGAAAAUCGUAGACCAAAUUUGCAACAUUAUUCUCGGUGUAAUAUUGUAAUAUUGUCAAUAAUGAAGUGUUUACGCGUUCGGAGAAAAGAGCCGCUAUGGAUGGUGAUAGUGUUAUCAUUGACAUGGGGAUACUGCAUUGUGCAAGGACGACUUGCCACAGAUAAAUGUGAAGAAUAUAAGAAAGUAGUCAUCAAUCGACAUACCCUAAUACCGCUUACGCUGAACCCACAGCCGAUCGAGUUCGAGGUGUACAACUGCACGAAUGUCGUCCAAUUGAUCGUCGGUGGCGAGGAGGCAAAGAAUGGUGAAUUUCCGCACCAUGCCCUGCUGGGCUACCCAAAGGAAGGGACAAGACGCAAGGAAUACGAUUUUCGGUGUGGUGGCACACUCAUUAGCGAUCAGCAUAUCCUGACCGCUGCUCAUUGCUUCUCGGAAGGAGAUCCGACGAUCGUACGGCUUGGCGAGUAUGACAUCAGAGACGAAUCCUAUGACGAGUAUGACGGUGAUAUUAUUAGCAUUCGAAAACAUCCCAACUAUAAGCAGACCCGUUCAUACGAUGACAUCGCACUAGUGAAACUAAAGUAUCCUCUAGCACUAUCGAAGCACAUCCGGCCCGCCUGUCUGUGGGAAUCGGAACAGCUUCAUAUACAUCGCUUCAUUGCGACCGGUUUCGGGCGGAACGAAACGUUCGGUGAACAGUCCCACGUAAUGAUGAAGGUGCAGCUGGACGAGUUUCCGACCGCUGAUUGUACGCGUGCAUUCAAAGGGGAUCGCCGUUUCCGGAAUGGUAUACAGAAUGGACAGCUGUGCGUCGGUAGCAUUGUGCAGGGCCGUGACACCUGUCAGGGUGAUUCGGGCGGUCCGCUACAGAUCGUGUCCGAUUCAAAGAGCUGUUCGUACGCUGUGGUUGGUAUCACAUCGACUGGUAGCUUCUGUGGCAUUGGGAACGCUCAGGCAAUCUACACCAAGGUGUCACAUUACAUUGACUGGAUAGAGGACAAUGUUUGGGGUGCUAAUGCGAUGUGAGCGCGAUUUGUGCAAUCUUUCGUGGAACCAGUGUGUGGAAAUAGUUUAGGCAAGUUGUGUGAACUGUGCAAGUGCUCAACAGGAUAAUGCUUGUGACGGAAGAAAUAUGCGAUCGUUUAAGGUGUUAUCCAAAUUGAUUCACACAUGGUUGACAUUCAACGCUCCUAAAACACGUCCAUAUUAAUGUUUGGAUACGAAAAUAUCGAACGAAUCUAUCUGUAUGCGAAUCUAAACCCUUUCACAACGAUAUUUUGUUACACCAUGUGUAAUGUUUGAAUAAAAAUAUAUAUAUAUAUAUGAAGCAGACAA